AUGAAGCGACAUUUUGACAAUGGGGAUCGCCGUACAUGGUUACUUGGUGAUGAUGGAUAUCCUCUGGAGCCAUGGUUGAUGACCCCAAUAAAAAAUCAACACCUUGGGACACCGGAGCGUAGAUACACUGAUGCUCAUGGUUCAGCCAGAAACACCAUAGAAAGAUGCUUUGGUGUGCUAAAGUCUGUUUUUAGGUGUCUGUCUCAUCAACGCCAGUGA